AUGCGCGUCGACAAUUCGUUCCUCGCCGCUCUCGCGGCCGUCAACCUUGUCUCGGCCAAGCCUUGCUCGCCUUGGGUCGUCAAGCCUAUUAAGAAGAUUGAGCUAGGUCCCCGACCAUACUAUCUUGUUGAGAGCCUGCUGCCCAGUCCUCUCAAAGACAAGCUCUCCUCCUGCACGGAGAUGGAGAUGAAGUCCAGCACCUGGUCCAUCGGCCACCGCGGUGGCGGCACCCUCUUGAUUCCCGAGGAGUCACGCGAGUCUAUCCUGGCAGGUGCGCGCAUGGGCGCCGGCAUACAAGAGUGCGACGUGACCUUUACCAAGGACCGCGAGCUGGUCUGCCGCCACAGCCAGUGCGACCUGCAUACCACUACCAACAUCGUUGCCAUCCCUGAGCUCAACGCCAAAUGCAAGACACCGUUCCAGCCUGCUAGCGGUGGCAAGCCGGCGAAGGCCGAGUGCUGCACCAGCGACAUCACCGUUUCCGAGUAUAAGUCGCUAUGUUCCAAGAUGGACGGCUUUAACGCCUCCGCCACCACGCCCGAGGAUUACCUGCACGGCACUCCCUCCUGGCGCUCCGACCUUUAUGCCAGCUGCGCCACGGUCAUGACGCUGCAAGAGCACAUCACUCUCGUCAAGUCUCUCGGCCUUAAGCUCACCCCGGAGAUCAAGACCCCCAUGAUCCCCAUGCCCUUCCAGGGCAACUACACGCAGGAGAUGUUUGCCCAGCAAGUCAUCAACACUUUCCGGUCCAACGGUAUCUCGCCUGCCGACGUCUUCAUUCAGAGCUUCCUCUAUGACGACAUCCUGUACCUGAUUAAGAACGAGCCUGAGUUUGGCCAGCAGGCCGUCUUCCUCGACCCGACCGUCGGCCCCACCACUCUCGAGGCCGCCACUGCGAACCUCAGCACCUACGCCCAGGACGGUGUCAAGAUUGUUGCGCCUGCCCUGGGCUUCCUCGUCGAGGCUGAUGGCGACAAGAUAGUCCCCAGCCAGUACGCCGUGAGAGCGAAGGAGCUCGGCCUUCAGAUCAUCACCUGGUCGCUGGAGCGCUCGCCGCCCAUGGCUCAGAUCAAGGCCAACGGCGACUACUACUACGACAGCGUGAAGGAUCUCCUCAAAACAGACGGUGACGUCUACACCGUGCUUGAUGUUCUCUGGCGGCAGGUUGGCAUCUUGGGCGUCUUUUCUGACUGGAGUGCCACCGCCACGUUUUAUGCCAACUGCUUCGGCGUCGGUAUCUAG